AUGACGGUUUACCUGAAGAUUUCCGAGUUUUUUCUUUGGUACAUCAACAUCGAAGAUAAAGAGGAGUUUAGGAGUUUUUGCCUAUGGCCAAAUAACCCGUCAUUAUAUCGAGUUAUCGGACGUUUUUCCUGCGGCUAUAAUAACCGGUUACCAGUCUAUCCAGCUUUAAUUUCCUGUGAAGAAAUUGUCAAAGCGGGUAAUGAUGGACAAGUGGUCUUGGAGGUUAAUGGUAAAAGUCAUUAUAUCGAGUUAUCAGCUUCGGCUAUAACCCGGUUUCCAGUCUAUCCAGCUUUAAUUUCCUGUGAAGAAAUUGUCAAAGCGAGUAAUGAUGGACCAGUGAUCUUGAAGUUUAACCAGUUUACCUUAGAGGUCAUUAUACCGAGUUAUCGGGCGUUUUUCCUGUGGCUUUAUAAUACCCGGUUACCAGUCUAUCCAGCUUUAAUUUCCUGGGAAGAAAUUGUUAAAGCGGGUAAUGAUGGACCAGUGAUCUUGGAAGCUUUGCUUUAG